AUGGUUGGUUUUGGUUGUAGUGGUGGUGAUGAACAGGAUUUUCAAGGAUCUUUUCCGACUCCUAUCGUCACUCGUAGCGAUGACAGAGUUGUUCUCGAGGGUGGGGAGGCGGCGGUGGUCGAGCAGGUUGAUCGUGAAACUCGUUAUCUUCAGCUGCCUCAAGACUGUGUUCUUAAAGCAAAGCUCAGACCCCGACUUCAAUGGACUCCUGAGCUUCAUACCCGCUUUGUUGAUGCUGUCAAUCAGCUUGGAGGCCCUCACAAGUCAACUCCGAAGAAAGUUCAGCAGGCAAUGGGUAUCCAGGGAAUAACUCUUUUCCAAGUGAAGAGCCACCUCCAGAAAUACAGACUUGGAAGGCCCUCUGAUGAACUGGUAAAGGCAGCUGCCGAUGAAGAAAGAAUUAGAAUGCAAAUUGAGGCUGGGAGGCAAUUGCAAUUGUGGCAGGAUGCUGAGCAGAGAUACAUGAAUUUUGCUAUGGAGAACGCGCAUAAGAAGCUUACUGAGCAAUUUUUUGGUGGUGCAAUUGCCAAGGGCAUGCUAAACGGCGUUUCAGGUUUAGGAACAAUGGAACUAUACCCGGCAUAUCAGAUGGCUCUGGGAAACAGCAUGCAGCCUAGCCUUGAGGGCCACUCGACCUCUCACGGGCAUUCGGAGAAUUCAUCUGUCGAAAAUUUCCAAACUCAUACUGAAGAUGACGAGAAAACGGAGCAGAGCUUGGACGAUGACCCUGCGGAAGCUUACCUGAUCGACCCGGAUCCAGAUAUGGAGUGA